AUGAAAUCAGCUAAACCUCCGAAUCUCCCUGAUAAAUCUCUUAAACCCAAUUUCUUCUACGGCCACCGCAAGCCGUCGCGUAACCGUACCGUCGUCUACGGUGGUCUCUUCUCCAAUCGCCAAUCUCUCUCCCAGGAUUCACCCCAACCGCAAUCCAACUCCGUCGUCGGCCGAACGACUUUCGAUCUCCGCAAAUGGGACCCAGAAACCCAUCUCCCUUCGGAAAGAGCUCCACCUUCGUCUCCUCCUUCCACGGUGAUCUCCGCCGCCUCCGAACGCCUCUCCCCAAUCGCGAGGUUCGUCCUCGACGCUUUCCGGAAGAAUCGUAACCACUGGGGUCCCUCUGUGGUCUCUGAGCUCAACAAACUCCGCCGCGUCACGCCGAGCAUCGUCGCCGAGGUUCUGAAAACAGGAAACGACGCUGCAGUCGCCGCCAAGUUCUUCCAUUGGGCCGGUAAGCAAAAGGGGUAUAAACACGAUUUCUCCUCUUACAACGCCUUUGCGUAUUGCCUUAAUCGAACCGGAAACUUCCGUGCCGCCGAUCAGUUGCCGGAGCUGAUGGAUUCACAAGGAAGACCUCCGUCGGAGAAACAAUUCGAGAUUCUGAUCAGAAUGCAUUCAGAUAACAAGAGAGGCUUAAGAGUUUAUUACGUUUACGAGAAGAUGAAGAAGUUUGGAUUCAAGCCUAGAGUCUUCCUGUACAAUAGGAUAAUGGAUGCUCUGAUGAAAAAUGGCUACUUUGAUUUAGCUUUAGCCGUUUACGAGGAUUUCAAAGAAGAUGGGUUGGUGGAGGAGAGUACUACUUUCAUGAUUUUGGCUAAAGGGUUAUGUAAAGCUGGUCGAAUUGAGGAAAUGCUUGAAAUUCUGCAGAGAAUGAGAGAUAAUCUGUGUAAGCCUGACGUUUUUGCUUACACGGCGAUGAUCAAGACUCUUGUUUCUCAAGGGAACAUGGAUGCAAGUUUGAGAGUUUGGGAUGAGAUGAAGCGUGAUGAGAUUAAACCUGAUGUAAUGGCGUAUGGAACACUUGUUAUGGGUCUGUGUAGAGACGGUAGAGUUGAGAGAGGGUAUGAGUUGUUUGUGGAGAUGAAGGAGAAGCAGGUUUUGAUUGAUAGAGAUAUCUACAGGGUUUUGAUUGAAGGGUUUGUAAGGGAUGGGAAGGUUAGGGAUGCUUGUGAUCUGUGGCAAGAUCUUGUGGAUUCUGGGUAUAUAGCUGAUUUAGGGAUAUAUAAUGCUGUUAUUAAAGGGCUGUGUAGUGUGAAGCAGGUUGAUAAAGCGUUUAAGCUCUUCCAGAUUGCAAUGGAGGAAGAGCUUGAGCCAGAUUUUGAGACGCUAAGUCCAAUUAUGGUUGGAUAUGUGGUGAUGAAGAGAUUGGAUGAUUUUUUGAGUUUGGUAGAGCGAAUUGGGAAGUUAGGAUUUCCUGUUGGAGAUUACAUAACUGAGAUUUUCAGAUUGUUGUGUGAUGAUGAAGAGAAGAGAGCUAUGGCUUUAGAUGUCUUUGAUGUGUUAAAGAGUAAAGGUCAUGGAAGUGUCUCUGUGUACAACGUUCUCAUGGAAGCUCUUUACAAGAUGGGAGAUAUUGAAAAGUCUUUGUCACUUUUCAAUGAGAUGAGUGGUUUUGGGUUUGAGCCAGAUUCAUCAUCGUACAGUAUUGCGAUUUGCUGUUAUGUUGAGAAAGGAGAAGUGGAAGAGGCUUGUUCAUGCCAUGAGAAAAUCACCGAGAUGUCUUGUGUUCCUUCCGUAGCUGCUUAUCUGUCACUUACUAAAGGACUGAGCCAAAUCGGAGAAAUCGAUGCAGUGAUGAUACUAGUUCGUGAAUGUUUGGGAAACGUUGAGAGUGGUCCUAUGGAGUUCAAGUACGCUCUUCGUGUUUGUCAUGUAUGCAGAGGGAGUAGUAACGCAGAGAAGGUUAUAGAAGUAGUAGAUGAGAUGAAGCAAGAAGGUGUUUCCAUCAGUGAAGUUACAUACUCUGCGAUUAUCUUUGGUAUGUGUAAACAUGGAACGAUAAAAGCAGCAAGAGAGGUCUUUGCAGAGCUGAAGAAGCGCAGAGUCAUGACGGAAGCUGAGAUGGUAGUGUAUGAUGAGAUGUUAGUUGAGGAGACAAAGAAGAAGACAGCUGGUUUGGUGGUUUCAGGGAUCAAGUUUUUCGGUCUUGAGUCGAAACUAAGAGAAAGAGGUUGCAAACUACUCGACAAAUCACUCAGCUGCACAGGUGACUAA